AUGGAUUCUUACAGGACCUAUUUGGCAACUGUCAAACUUGAUGGCUCUUGGUUGGAAGAACAAGAUGAAGAUAUUUAUGAGGUUGAAUCUCGAGUGCCUUUACCGUAUCCUUUUCCUUUGUGUGAACAUUUGGAUGAAAAUAACUCACUUGAACAUGCAAAAGUUACACAAACAGAAUUGAUGCGUGAGUCAUUCAAACAGAAACAACAGGCAACAGAGUCCCUUAAAUGCCAAGAAGAACUGCGAGAGCGCCUUCAUGAAGAGUCUAGGGCCAGAGAACAGCUGGCAGUGGAGCUCAGUAAGGCUGAGGGUAUCAUUGAUGGCUACGCAGAUGAAAAAACUGUUUUUGAAAGGCAAAUUCAGGAAAAAACUGAUAUAAUAGAUCGCCUUGAGCAGGAGUUGUUACAUGCAGGUAAUAGGUUGCAAGAAUUGGAAGCAGAACAACAAGAAAUCCAAGCAGAAAAAGAAUUAUUGUCAAGACAGAAGGAGGCAAUGAAAGCAGAAGCAAGUCCAGUUGUACAACAAUUACUACAUGAGACAGAAAAAUUAAUGAAGGAAAAGCUAGAAUUGCAAUGUCAAGCUGAGAAAGUACAUGAUGAACUUCAAAAACAAAUGAAAGCUUUGGAAAUAGAUGUUGAAGAACAAGUCAGUUGGUUUAUAGAGAUGGAACAAGAAAAAAAUGCUGAAGUAAUGGAUUUAAGACAGCAAAACCAAGCACUGGAAAAGCAAUUAGAAAAAAUGAGAAAAUUUUUAGAUGAGCAAGCCAUUGACAGAGAACAUGAGAGAGAUGUGUUCCAACAAGAAAUACAGAAGUUAGAACAACAACUUAAGGUUGUGCCUCGAAUCCAGCCUGUUGGUGAACAUCAAACUAGAGAGGUUGAACAGUUAACAAAUGAUCUAAAAGAAAAAACAGACAAGUGCAGUGAGCUGCUUCUAUCAAAAGAACAGCUUCAGAGAGAUGUACAAGAGAGGAAUGAAGAAAUUGAAAGGCUAGAGUUCAGAGUGAGAGAACUGGAACAAGCCUUACUUGUUAGCACAGACAAUUUUCAAAAGGUAGAGGACCAGAAACAAUUUGGAGCCUUACAAGCUAAAGCAGAAUUUUCUCUAGAAGUGCAACUGCAAGCUGAGCGAGAUGCUAUCGACAGAAAAGAGAAAGAG